AUGGGUAGACAGACCAAAGAGCGGAAUGCUACUGUCGCUGUUGCUACUAAGGCCGCUGUAGUCGCCGCCAAUGGAAACAAUGGUAACGACGAGAAUGGUGGGCAUCCCGCUCAAGGCCAAGUAAAUGCAAAUAGGCCGAUGUCUAAGCUGGUUGAGCAGUUUUUGAAGCUGAAGCCUCCGAGGUUCGAUGGUAGAGGUAAUACUGAGGCUGCACCUCGAUGGGUGGAAGAGUUAGAAAAAGCUUUCGAAGUGCUGGGAUGCACUGAAGAGGAAAAAGUAACCCUAGCAGUAUACCGGCUUCAGGAAAAUGCAAGCGACUGGUGGAGAGCCACAAGAGGCCAAGUGUUCCCUGCUGGUACUACUCCGACUUGGAUAAUUUUCACUGAGUCUUUUAAUGGCAAGUAUUUCUCGAAAAGUGCCCGAGAGUAA